UUGUUUUUCUGUCUACCAGAAUGUCUCAGACUCCAGAGGCUGAAAGCAAUGAGAUGGCAGAGCUGGGGCCAGAGGCCCAGUCCCUCAUCCCAAGCCGCAGCAAUCAUAAAAUCGACUGUAUCAUCUGCUAUUGCUCCUACGAUCUGUCAACCCACCUGCCUCGCCGCCUGUACUGCGGCCACACUUUCUGUCAGACUUGCAUCAGGCGCCUUAAUGUGGUGGUUAAUGAGCAGUGGUGGAUUCCAUGUCCACAGUGCCGGCAAAACACACCCACUCCUCGUGGAGGAGUGACAAUGCUUGACUUGGACCUGACAGCCUUCUUAGCAGUCAAGUCUGAGAAGGAGCAUCCUCGAGUGGUGGGAAAGAUGGAAUCUGAGCAGGUCUCAAAAGUACCUGCCAAGGAGAAGCCAAUCACACAACAGCCCACUGGCCUUUGUCAGGAGGCAGUGCCACAGCCAUAUUUUCCACAGAACAACUGCUGUGGCCACUGUCUUUGCUGUGUCACCACAGCUGCUUUUCAGGGCUGACUGAAUUUUUGAUAUGGAUAGCAGGGGCUGGCCCCCAUGGAGUUUAGAACUAGGGCCAUUUUAGGUCUAUAAACAAAGCCUGUUGACAAGCUCAGCUAGGCAUUUUCUGAAAGUGAUCACCUUUUUCAGCCAUCUUGCAGGAAAUCCCUUGCCAUGACUGGUUCCCAAUCUCAUCUCCUGAUUGGCUGAAAGAUGUGUAUAAACCUUCCUGGGUCAGGUCAAACCACAUUAAUGAACAUUCUGUUGCUGAUGACAGAUGGUACAAGGAUGCCAAUGCUGUGUUACGGCAG